GUCCGCUGACAGGCCUCAGAACAGACCAACGGACGGCAAGCUAGAAAGGCAGGGCGCCCCGAGCCGGCUAAUCCGGGAACGCGCUCCGGGAGGGUGGGGCCUGGGCUCGCCUCCGGAAGCUAAGGGAUUUAUUUCCGCGGGACGAGCGACCCUGUGGACGGAAGCCAGAGCGUGAGUGCUGGUGGGAGCCGCAGCCAGCGGCUGGGACGGUUCUGGGGGCGGGGCCGGUAUUUCCUGAGCCGAUAUUUAUCACGUGCCUACCGAGGCUGACCCUGGGAAUGGCGGCGUGGAAAUGACAGCCCUUCCAUUCCAAGAAAUACAGUUUAGCGACGGGGCAAACUAAUAGCGUCGUAGGCGCCGUGGCACCUUGACUAUGAAUGUAGGAGUUCGACGCCAGCCUGGAUAACAGUGAGACACUGUCUCAAACAGAACGACACGAACAGGCACAAGAUUAACGUGCCCGGGCUUAAGAAGGAGCUGGUUCGUCGCAGCAGGAUCCCGCUUGUCUAUGAAAUGCAGUUGACAUGUCAGCUGGACCUAUUUCCAGAAUGCAGGGUGACCCUUCUGUUAUUUAAAGAUGUAAAAAAUGCUGGAGAUUUGAGAAAGAAGGCCAUGGAGGGCAGCAUUGAUGGUUCGUUAAUAAAUCCUACAGUGAUUGUUGACCCAUUUCAGAUACUUGUGGCAGCAAACAAAGCAGUUCACCUCUACAAACUAGGAAGGAUGAAGACACGAACUCUAUCUACUGAAGUUAUUUUCAACCUGUCCCCAAAUAACAAUAUUUCAGAAGCUUUGAAAAAAUUUGGUAUCUCAGCAAAUGACACAUCAGUUCUAAUUGUUUACAUUGAAGAGGGGGAAAAGCAAAUAAAUCAAGAAUACCUCAUAUCUCAAGUAGAAGGUCUUCAGGUUUCUCUGGAAAAUCUUCCUGAAAUAACAAAUAUUUCAGAAGUCAAAAAGAUAUAUAAACUGUCUUCACAAGAAGAAAGCAUUGGGACAUUAUUGGAUGGCAUCAUUUGUAGAAUGUCAACAAAAGAUGUUUUGUGAAAUGUUAGAAAUAUUAACAGAAAUUAUCCGCAUUAAACACUUAUUUUUUAAUCAUGUCUAUACUUCUA